AUGGGACGCAUGCACAGUAAAGGUAAAGGAAUAUCCGGCUCAACAACUCCAUACGUGAGGGAGAGCCCAGAGUGGCUGGACGCCAAUGUUGAUGAAAUAGAGGCAAAAAUAGUGACCUACGCAAAGAAAGGACUCACCAUGUCUGAAAUCGGAACAAUCCUCAGAGACGAGUACGAGAUAGGAAGCAUGAAGUUCUUCUCUGGCAGAAAGCUGCUGAUGGUUCUGAUGAAGAACAACUUAGCACCGCAAGUUCCAGAAGACUUAUCUGCGCUUAUUAAGAAGGCAAUCAGCAUUAGAAAACACUUAGAAUCAAACAAGCAGGACAUCGACUCCAAAUACAGAUUGAUUCUUGUUGAGUCCCGAAUCAGCAGACUAUCUAGAUACUACAAAACAAAGAAGAUUAUCCCAGCUAACUGGCUUCCUCCUUACAGAUCCGCCGUAAAGAGAAACAGUGGGCUAUAA